UGCCGGCCCCGGGGCGAGCGCCCACAUCCGUGCGCCGGCCCCGGUAGCGACGCCUCCGUCUGAGCCCAGCCCCGGCGCCGGGCUCCUGCAGAGGGAGGUGCUCUGCGCCGCGCUCCGUCCUCCCACCGCCGUCGGCAGCAAGCAGAGAGCAGGCGGCGCGGCGCUCCCGGGAGCAGGUUCCUAAAAAUUAGCACUAUGACUGAUGAAGACUAUGAUUAUCUGAUCAAACUCCUGGCCCUCGGAGACUCUGGGGUUGGAAAAACAACGUUCCUGUACAGAUACACUGAUAACAAAUUUAAUCCAAAAUUCAUCACAACAGUAGGGAUAGAUUUUCGGGAAAAACAAGUGGUAUACAACAGCAGAGGACCAAAUGGAUCUCCAGGAAAAGCCUUCAAAGUGCAUCUCCAGCUUUGGGACACAGCCGGUCAGGAAAGGUUUCGAAGUCUCACCACAGCGUUUUUCAGAGAUGCUAUGGGCUUUUUACUAAUGUUUGAUCUCACCAGUCAACAGAGCUUCUUAAAUGUCAGAAACUGGAUGAGUCAGCUGCAAGCCAAUGCAUAUUGUGAGAAUCCAGAUAUAGUCUUAAUUGGUAAUAAAGCUGAUUUGUCAGACCAAAGGGAGGUAAACGAAAGGCAAGCAAAAGAUUUAGCAGACAAAUAUGGCAUACCGUACUUUGAAACAAGUGCUGCUACUGGACAGAACGUGGAGAAGGCUGUGGAUACGCUCCUGGACUUGAUAAUGAAACGUAUGGAGCAGUGCGUGGACAAGACACAGGUCUCUGAUACAGCCAAUGGAGGAAGCUCAGGAAAGCUAGAUUCGGCAAAACCAGAGGAGAAAAAGUGUGCCUGCUAAACGUCACCUCUAAACUGUGAGAACCGAUGAAAAUAUUUCAUCAGGAUAUGGCUGACCUACCACCAAAUUCAAACCGGCUCCGUUGAGCCAUGCACAGAAGCAAAGUUCCAUUGUUUUUUUGGGAUUGUGCAUUUUUCUCCAAAGGCCUGGUUUAAAACUAAAAGCUAUGUUUCAGUGA